AUGAACAUCUCCUGUCCAAUUGGCACAGAGAUCGCCUCUGUUGCGUUCUCGUUCUACGAGCCACAUGAGGUCCGCAAAAUCUCUGUGAAGCAAAUCGUCAACCCAACUCUUUUUGACACUUUGGGACAUCCUACCAAAGGUGGUCUUUAUGACUCUGCUCUCGGUCCUUACCAGAAGAACCAACUCUGCACCACUUGUUCUCAGGAUCAUUUCAAAUGUCCUGGUCACUUUGGUCACAUUGAGCUUCCCAUUCCUGCAUACAACCCCAUGUUCUUCGAUAACCUUUAUGCUGUCUUGCGUGCAAAGUGUUCGUACUGUAAUUUCUUCCGUAUGAACAGAACACAGAUGAAGAAGGUUGUUUCAAAAUUGACAUUGUUGCAGCACGGUUUGAUCCGUGAGGCACAGGCACUUGAAGAUCUCUACUUCCGCUCCGCCCCCAAGGGUUCCAAGGGAGAAGCCGACGGUGAAGAUGAGACAAUGGAAGAUAGAAUGGAAGAAGACGCAGACAUUGCAACCAGUGUAGAGGAGUACGAAGCACAAAUUGAUGCCUUUGUCAAGAAGAGCUUAGAGGAUAAGGAAGCCCGUAAGUUUGCUAGCAAGGAUUACAAGGUUACCGUAAUCAAUGAUAUGCGUAAGCGUGUGAUGCUCGAAUUUAUGAAGCAGUGUUUGGCUGCCAAGCGUUGCGGAAACUGUGCUAAGAUCUCACCCCCAAUUCGCCGCGACGGUGCCGCCAAGCUCUUCCAGAUGCCUCUUACCAAAAAGGAUCAGCAGCAGAUGAACAGAAGACUCGAGGAACACGAGAAAGGCAGUACUCCCGUCACCCAGCGUUAUCUUACACCCUACGAGGUUCGCGACCAAAUUAAGUCUCUGUUUGUCAACGAAGGCGACAUUACUACUCUCUUGUACGGUGCACGCAACCCCAGCGUCCCCUCCCAGAUCAGACGUGCCACCUACCACAUGUUCUUUAUCGAACUUCUUGCUGUUGCACCCACUCGUUUCCGCCCUCCUUCGGUUAUGGGCGACAAAGUGUUCGAAUCUCCCCAGAACGAAUUGUUGGGUGACAUUCUCAAGGGAAGUCACGAAGUGCGUGACAGCUCUGAUAGUCUUCAGGAAGCCCAAAAAGAAGAUGAGGUUGACAAGGCCAAGGUUCAGCGCCUGCAGACCCGUUUCGUCACCUCCAUCAUCACUUUACAGCAUGCCGUAAACUCGUUCUUGGAUUCGACAAAGAAUCCCGCUAUGCUUCCCCAGGGCAAAACCCACCAUCCUGGUAUUCGUCAGGCUUUGGAAAAGAAGGAAGGUUUGUUCCGUAAGCAUAUGAUGGGUAAGCGUGUCAACUACGCUGCUCGUUCGGUUAUUUCACCCGAUCCCAACAUCGAGACAUCCGAAAUUGGUAUUCCUCCCGUGUUCGCCAAGAAGCUCACCUACCCCGAGCCUGUCACCCCCCACAACAUCAAGGAAAUGCGCCAAGCUGUUAUCAACGGUCCCAACAAGUGGCCCGGUGCUACACACGUCCAGCACGAAGAUCAGUCUAUUGAUGUGCUUGCUAACCUCAGCAUCGAAUCUCGUAUUGCCUUGGCCAACUCGCUCUUGGCUCCCCAAAGCUCUCACACUGCCCAGUCUGGAUCUAACCCAUACCCCACCCGUACACAGACUAUCAACAAAAAGGUCUUCCGUCAUUUGCGCAAUGGUGACAUGGUUUUGCUCAACCGUCAACCUACACUCCACAAGCCAUCCAUCAUGGCCCACAAGGCUCGUGUUCUCCCCGGAGAAAAGACCAUUCGUAUGCACUACGCCAACUGUAACACUUACAACGCCGAUUUCGAUGGUGAUGAGAUGAACAUCCAUUUCCCUCAAAACGAAGUCGCCCGUGCUGAAGCCUCGUUCAUUGCCAACACCGACAACCAGUACUUGGUUCCCACCAGUGGUGACCCUCUUCGUGGUUUGAUUCAGGAUCACGUAGUGUGUGGCGUAUGGAUGACUUCGCGUGGAACUUUCUUCACCAAAGAAGAAUACCACCAAUUGCUGUACGGAUCCUUGCGUCCUGAACAUGACAACACUGGCAACGGUACCAUCAUGACCGUCCCUCCUGCCGUGUUCAAGCCUGUCCCUCUCUGGACCGGUAAGCAGAUCAUCUCAACCAUCCUGCUCAACUUGACUGUCGGUAAGCCCUCGCUCAACAUGACUUCCAAGGCCAAGGUUCCCGGCAAACUCUGGGGUCCCGAUGCUCUGGAUGAGGCCACUGUUUUGGUUGUGGAUGGUGCUUUGGUGACCGGUAUUCUCGAUAAGUCUCAGUUUGGUGCUACCGCUUUUGGUUUGGUCCACUCUGUCUAUGAGCUCUACGGUCCCGAAUCUGCAGGCAAACUUCUCAGUAUCUUGGGUCGUCUGUUCACAAAGUACGUCCAGUUCCGUGGUUUCACUUGCCGCAUGGACGAUUUGUUGUUGACCGAAGAAGGUAACAAGUGGAGACACGACUUUAUGGAGAAUGGCAAGGGUAUUGGAUAUGAAGCCCAUCUUGAAUACUUGGGUCUUGAAGAGACUGCCAAGACUGCCACUAAGGAGAAGCUCGCCAAGGAAGUUGCUCGCGAUGAUGGAAAGUUGGCUGGUCUUGAUAAUGCUAUGAAAGCCAAGGUUAACAAGCUCACCUCUUCUAUUACUGAGGCAUGUUUGCCCAAUGGUCUUUACCGCAAGUUCCCUGACAAUGACAUGCAAAUGAUGACUAUUUCUGGUGCCAAGGGUUCCAACGUCAACGUCACUCAGAUUUCUUGCUUGUUGGGUCAGCAGGAACUCGAGGGUCGUCGUGUUCCUCUCAUGGUAUCCGGUCGCUCUCUCCCCUCUUUCCGUCCUUAUGACACUAGCGCCCGUGCUGGUGGUUUCGUUGCCGGCCGUUUCUUGACUGGUAUCCGUCCCCAGGAGUACUACUUCCAUUGUAUGGCUGGUCGUGAAGGUCUGAUUGAUACAGCUGUCAAGACCUCCCGUUCCGGUUAUCUCCAGCGUUGUUUGAUUAAGCAUCUUGAGGGUCUCCGUGUUCACUAUGAUCACACCGUUCGUGAUGCCGAUGGUUCUGUUCUCCAGUUCCACUAUGGUGAAGAUUCGCUUGAUGUCAUCAAGGCCAAGUACCUGAACCAGUUCAGUUUCUCUGCACACAACUUCGAGACCUUGUCUCAAAAGUACAACCCCAAGGCUGCCCUUGAUGCCCUUGAGACCAGAGAAGGUGAGGAGUAUGCCAAGAAGGCUCUGAAGAAGCCCAACAAGUACGAUCCCGCACUUUCUGUUUACAACCCCGGUCGCCAUCUUGGUGUGGUCUCUGAGCGUUUCGCUAUCCAGAUGAAGAACUACAUUGACAAGAACCCCGACAAGAUGCCAUUCUCCAAGUCUGACGCCAUCUCUCCCAACAACCAGCGUUACGCUAACCUUUCAAAGAACAAGUUUAAGGCUCUGAUGCAGCUCAAGUAUCUUCACAGUUUGGUUGAGGCUGGUGAGUCCGUCGGUCUCUUGGCUGCCCAGUCUGUCGGUGAACCUUCUACUCAGAUGACUUUGAACACUUUCCAUUUUGCUGGUUAUGGUGCUGCUAACGUUACUCUCGGUAUCCCACGUCUUCGUGAAAUUAUUAUGACUGCCGCCAAGGUUCUCAAGACCCCUACCAUGUUGCUGCCCCUGAAGCCCAAUGUUACUGCUGAGCAGGCCGAUUCUUUCCGCAAGAUUGCUUCUAAGCUCACCUUGUCCCAGAUCGUCGACGACGUGUCAGUUACUGAGGCAACCUCUGCAAAGUCAGCCGAAAACGGUUACCGCCGCUCAAAGGUGUACUCUAUCCGCCUCAACCUUUUCAGUGAACAGGAAUACCUCGAGGAGUACCGUGUCCAGGCAUCCCGUGUUAAGGAAGUCUUGGCUACUACUUUCUUGAAGGAUUUGGAAGAGUUGAUUAGAAGAGAUAUCAAGGGAGCCCGCAAGGCCGUCAAGGAAGAUAUCUCCAAGGGUAGCAAGAUGGUCCACGACAAGGGAGAAGACUCUAAUGCUGAUGACAGUGUUAAUGCCACCGCUGGCUAUGAGUCUGACAACGGUGAUGGCGAUGCCACCAACCAAAGCAUGCUCCAGAAGACUAAGCAGCAGGCUACAUAUGAUGGUCCUGAUGAGGAAGAUGUGGAGGACAUGAAGACCGUGACUGCUCUGGAAAAUGAGGAAGCUGAAUUGGAGGAAGUAGCCAAGGCUGGCGAUGUAGAGGACGAGAAGCCCCAAAAGCAACAGCCCAUCAGAUCUAGAUUCAAUGACGAGGAAUUGGAGGACCUUGCAUUGUCCAGAUCUGCCUACGUCAAGCGCUGGUCCUUUGAUGAUGUCAAUGGUGCUUGGUGUGAGAUUGACAUGACUUUCCCUGCCGACACCAAGAAGAUCCUGAUGGUCAACUUGGUCGAGAAGGCCUGUGGACGUGUCAUUGUUCACGAAAUUAAGGGUAUCGACCGUUGUUUCGAGUAUGCCAACCCCACCGAAAACGACACCCAGAAGCGUCUGCAAACCGAGGGUGUAAACCUGAGAGGCAUGUGGGCUCACAGUGAUUUGUUUGAGAUCAAUGAGAUCGACACCAACGACAUUGCUGCCAUUUUACGCACAUAUGGUGUUGAGGCCGCUAGAAACUCGAUCAUCAAGGAGGUUGCCAGUGUGUUCGGUGUGUACGGUAUUAAGGUUGAUCGUCGUCACUUGACUGUCAUCGCAGAUUACAUGACCUUUGAGGGUGGAUUCAAGCCUUUCAGUCGUAUCGGUAUUGGUUCCAACACUGCUCCUUUCCUCAAGAUGAGUUUCGAAUCUACCUGUAAAUUCUUGACCGAGGCUACACUCCAUGGUGACUUUGACACCUUAGACAACCCAUCAUCUCGUGUGGUUGUUGGUAGAGUUGUUGAAGGUGGUACUGGUUCCUUCGACGUUCUCCAACCCCUGACACCCAUAGUUUAAAAUAUUAUUAUAAACAUCCAUACUUUUUUUUUAUUUUUUAAAAUAUAUAUAUAUACAACAUUCAU